AUGGAAAGCGGCAGGUCGACAAAAUUCGAGACCGAACGUCUCGAGUGGCCGAUUGUUGAACCGAAUGGAGAUGAAGAAACCGGCAACUACAUCUGUCUGCGCACCGGAGAUGACCACGACUUUUGGAUCCCGGUGCCGUUUGCCGCGCAAUCGUCGUCAGUCACGAGCAUAGUCAACGGCCCAACACCCGGCGACGACGACAAGACGGCCUACGAGUUCCGGUUUAUCUGCUCGAACGUGAUGCGAUGGAUAUGCAACUACAUGGGAUACAAAUUCAUCUACACCGGAAAGGAAUCCGUGCCCACCUUCGAAGUCGACCCGAACAUCGCCCUGCCCCUACUCCAUGCUGCCACAUUUUUCGAUUGC